AUGAUUUUUGGGCUUGGAAGACUAUUCUACGUGACACUAUUAUUGAUCAAUGCUGUUGCUGUUCUAAGUGAAGAGAGGUUUUUAUCGAGGAUCGGUUUAGGAAGAUCCGGUUCGGAAGCACCUGCGUUUGGGCAGAAUGCUAAUUCUACAAAAUCGAAAGUUGUACAGCUGAUAGGCGCUGUUCAAACGCUAUUAAGAAACAGAACUAUGCAAGAACUAACACACUCAGUUCCUCUUAUUGGUAUAAACAUACUAGUUAUUGUUUACGAGCUAUUAUUGGGUUGA